AUGGAGUCCUACAAUAUGAUACUCCAGUUCCCUGGCGUCGAUGAACUUCUACAGAGUCCGUCAGAGGAUGAAACAGAGUUGGCCCUCCAGGAGCUCUGGAAUAUGCUCAAGAAAGAUCGCACAGAUCCUCUGCGUCUGAGCGACAUCAUCCCGCAUGUCCUAUUGCAGCUUGGAGAGGACCAGAAAUGCUACGACUUCAUCAAGUGGUGGUUACUGCACGGCUCGGAAUCACCCUCAGGACGCCCAGACUCCCCAUUCUUCGACAUUCAAGGCGCCAACGCCUGCGAACCUCUAAAGCACCUAGAACUCUCGAAUGCCAGUCUCAGUCACCUUGUCGCUCUCACUCUCCUCAAGCUUCGAUUGUAUAUGGAUCUGGACGCGAUUUCAGAUCGUCAUUUCGAUACGUCAAUGGGAUUCGACGACGACGGACCUUCUAUGGAUCGUGAUCUUGGCGAGAUUGCUGAAGAAAUAUUUGAAACAACAAAAAAAUGGUCGAAUCUUACAGGUCUAGCAGGAAUAGUGAAAACGCAGUACAUCGCUCUUCGCAGGCGGGUGAAUGAAGCGAAUCCUCAGUUCUGGGAAGCUCUAGCUACCGAAAAGCCGAGUUCAGGUUCCUCUUCUGAAGAUCGUGGGCCUGGGUCAAGGGAUGAGGCUGACCUAGUUCUCUAUCAUUGCCGACGCGCAUGGGACAAUGUUGAGGACGCUAUGGUCACGAUUGAUGACGACACUGCCCAUUAUGUUCGAGCGUACACUGGCCCGGCUGAAAGAAACGAGCGAAAACCCUUGGGAAAACACCGAGGUACAGGACGAGUGUUUCCCACUGGUAUCACCUAUGUCGCAAGCUCUCACCCCAACAAACCGGACAUUCUUUCCAGCAUAAACAUCGAUAAGACGAGAGGUCGACUGCUACUCGGAAAGCAAUCAAGCCUGCUUCUAUACACUGACGGGUCUUGUUUGAAUAACGGCCAGUCUGACGCCCGCGGAGGGUGGAGUGUAUCAUUCGGCACUGAUGACCCUCACCUUGGUUCUUCCGCUGUUUCUGGUCGUCUGGAGGAAAUGGGCCCGUUUGGGGACCGCGAAAAAGCCACAAGCAACAGAGCUGAGCUGCGCGCCGUCAUUGCGGCGCUUCGCCUGAGCGACUGGAAAAAAGAAGGCUUUACUUCCGUCGUCAUUGCUACGGACUCAACCUACGUAUUGAGCGGAGCCACAAAGUGGGCUAAGGCCUGGGUCUCCAACAGAUGGAGGUUGCAUGAUGGCACACCCGUAAAGAACAAGGAUCUGUGGGAGCUGCUACUUGGAGAAGUAGAGCGGUGGGAUAAUGAGGGUGUAGAAGUAUGCCUGCUUAAUAUCCCACGGCAUCUGAAUCAAGAGGCGGAUGAAGCGGCCAGAGUGGCGGCUACGAUAAAACCCGACAAGACCAAGUUCACUGAUAUCACCUUGAGCGCCAAACCGAAGUUACAACCUUACAUUCUUGCUGUUUGUCUCAACCCCAAUCAAUUGUGUCAAGAUUACGACAGUAUUCUUUCAAGUAAUCAGACCUUGAAAGUAGUCUACAGCCCUAAGAUCGCGCUCGAGUGUCUAAACGGGCCUGAGCCUCCUUCUAUGAUUCUCAUCACAGACCCAACAUUCAUUCGCUACAGAGACAUUUUGGAACGAACCAUAGAUCGCAUGCGAGACGGAGCUACAGUUGUGCUAUCAAGUCUUUUCGCUAACGUGUCAACAAGUGGUGAGAUAUCUCGGUUCUUCAACACCGUCGGGCUACCGUGGGGUGAAGGAAAUUACCAAGGAGCCAGUCUCAAAUUGUCGACUCGGGUUAUUGACCAACACUUGACCAAGGGCCUGAAGCAAGACAUCCGCAUCAAUUCUUCCUUUGUGAAAGGGGUAACACCAUCUGAGUCUUGGUACAUCGAUCCCGAUGUUCCUGGUCAGGCUGCCGUUGCCUUCACAAAGCUUGGACUAGGGAGACUGGGCUAUAUUGGAUGCACGGAUGAUUCAGAGGGUGCCAUAGUUGCUGGGGCCAUGUUCGGGAUGACUGCAGCGUAA